GCAAAGUUAUGUUGGACACUUUUCARUUCAUCAAAGCCUAUAAAUUAUUUGUCCAUUAUAAAGUUUAAAACCAAGACUUUGUAGCAAAAAGUGUUUUGCGGCAGUUUUUCUCCCAAGCCUUUUGUCCYUGUGAAGGAGCCGUAUGACGUCAUUUCCCUGCGACAGCUCGCGUGUUGACAGCAGUGAUUCUGCUCGGGUUUGUUGAUCAAGUCUUCAGUUUUCAAUCUUACAGAAACUCCUCUCUGGUCUCGCCCUCAGCCAUGAGCGACUGUGAUGAUGAUGAUGAUGAUGUCCCCACUCUGUCAGCUCACACUCUGGCAGCCCUGCAGGAGUUCUACAAGGAGACAGGGACCGGUCCGGAUCAUGGUACCACACCCUCAGACCCAUUCGCUGUGGGAGCAGUGGAGGAGGACUGGAGGAUGAGCCAGUUCUGGUACAGUGACGAGACGGCAGCUCAGUUAGCAGAGGAGGUGCUGCGAGAAGCUGGAGAGGGCGGCAGGGUAGCGUGUGUGAGUGCCCCCAGCGUGUACCAGAAGCUGAAGCAGGGCGGGUCUGACCGAGUCUCUGCUGUCGUGUUCGAGUACGACCGCCGCUUCUCCGCCUACGGACAGGACUUCAUCUUCUACGACUACAACGAGCCGCUGUCUCUGCCCUGCAGCGUGGCGCCGCGCAGCUUCGACAUGGUCCUGGCCGACCCGCCGUACCUGUCCCAGGAGUGUCUGAGCAAGGUGGCCCAAACCAUCCGGUUCCUGAGCAAAGACAAAGUGCUGCUCUGCACAGGUGGGUCUCACAGAUCUGACUGCGUCACAGUUAUUCUAAACGUGGAUCAGGUUCUGUUUUCUGCUUCUGCAGGAGCCAUCAUGGAGAAUCUGGCCAAAGAACUGCUGGAUGUGAAAAUGUGCAGCUUUGUGCCCAAACACAACAGAAACUUGUCCAACGAGUUCCGUUGUUUUGUCAACUAUCCGUCCCGUCUGCUGUCCUGCUGAGAGGCGGAGCCUAAAGGACACACAACGCACAGACACUUCACAGCUGCACUUAUGGGAUGUUUAGGUGCUGCGAGGACAUUUUCUCUUUUCAUGAGUCACAACAUCAGUCGACAGAAUAAAAAUAGGAGCUGUUUUAAAUCAUAAAGUCUCACUGCAGAUGUUUCAUUUUGAAGUAUUAACAUCUCUGGUUGACACUGGCAUUUAUUAAUAAAAUGUUUUAUUGUUUUA